AUGGCGACCCAGAAUCGGCGCUCAUCGAUUUCAUCGUCUUCCUCAGCGGUACAGCCAUCGUCAUUGGCUAAAAGACACGCGUCUUCCUCAGAGAAUCUUGGAAAGAUCACGGCAGUGCCAUCACAAAUGGCGAAGAAACGGCCAGCUCUGGCUAACGUGACGAACCAGAGGAAUGGUUCUCAGAAUGGUGGACGAAGCUUGGUUUCAGGGUCGUCCAAUAUGGUACCAUGUGCGGCUAAAAUUGUCACCAUCAAGAAGGGAUCUACUGCUUCCAUUAGUAAUGCAGGCUUCUCUGGGAGUUCUACACUGCCAGCAUCAGCACACGGGAAACCAAGUGUGAUCCCUUGCAGUAAUACCUCUUUUUCGAAAAAAAAUGUAACUCUGUUGAGGACUACUGUCCCUCCUCUCGAAUGCAGCAUGGAUAUAUCACCUACUCAAUCCGAUGGAGUUUCUGUUUCUUUAGAUGAAACUAUGUCUACUUGUGACUCCUUCAAAAGUCCAGAAGUGGAGUAUGUGGACAACAAUGACAUAGAGGCAGUUAAUUCUAUUGAGAGGAAGACAUCCAGUAAACUUUACAUCUCAGAGCAUGUGCAAGCAGCAGGAAAUACUUGCAAGAGACAGAUACACGCAGAUAUGGAGACAACUGAUACGGUCUUUGAUGUCGAUAACAAUUUGAUGGACCCGCAGUUAUGUGCUACCAUGGCUUGUGACAUUUACAAACACUUGCGAGCAUCUGAGGCAAAGAAAAGACCAUCAACCGACUUUAUGGAGAGGGUCCAGAAAGACAUCAAUCCCAGCAUGCGUGCGAUACUUAUCGACUGGCUUGUUGAGGUUGCCGAAGAGUAUAGGCUUGUACCUGAUACAUUGUAUCUGACUGUAAACUACAUAGAUCGUUAUCUUUCUGGCAAUAUGAUGGAUAGACAACGACUUCAAUUGCUUGGAGUUGCAUGCAUGAUGAUUGCCUCAAAAUACGAGGAGAUAUGUGCACCUCAGGUGGAAGAGUUCUGCUACAUUACCGAUAACACAUACUUCAAGGAGGAGGUUUUACAAAUGGAAUCGGCUGUUCUGAAUUACUUGAAGUUUGAAAUGACAGCGCCCACAGCUAAAUGCUUUUUGAGGCGAUUUGUUCGUGCUGCUCAAGGGAUCAACGAGGCUCCACUAUUGCAACUGGAGUGCCUGGCCAACUACCUUGCGGAGUUAUCUCUUUUAGAGUACAACAUGCUUUGUUAUGCCCCUUCACUUAUUGCUGCAUCGGCAAUUUUCUUGGCCAAUUAUAUUCUUCUUCCUUUGAGUAGACCAUGGAAUGCUACCCUGCAGCACUACACUCUUUAUGAGCCCUCUGUUAUGCAUGACUGUGUUAUGGCAUUGCAUAGCCUUUGCGGUAAUAAUCACAACUCCAGUUUACCUGCCGUCAGAGAGAAAUACAGUCAGCAUAAGUACAAAUUUGUUGCAAAGAAGUACUGCCCUCCAUCAAUCCCUCCGGAGUUUUUCCAGAACCUAAGCAGCUAG